AUAUUUCAAGGGUUAGACAUGCCAUCUGUCAAUUCAAGGAAUGUUAUGAGAUUAGUUGAAGAGAAAUAUCGCCAAAUUAAGAGCAAAAAGUCCAAGCCUUAAAAAACAGAAUCCUCUGCCUCAAAGUGGAUACGGCCACACGGUGCAACCGCGGAGUGCUUGGUGUAAAUGUUCAAUACAUUGAUGAAGGCUUAAUGUGCAUUAAGACAUUGGGUUUGAUCCAGUUAAAAGCAUCGCAUACAUCCAAAAAUAUAUGUGCUGAGAUCAAGUCUAUAUUGACUGAUUUUAGCAUAUCCAGAAAGCAAGUCUAUACCAUCACAACCGACAAUGGUCGAAACAUGAUAAAGGCAGUGGAAUUACUGAACAAUGAUUCCGAAGAUGAAGAAGAAGUUGCUGAGGACUUGGAUGAUGAUGGACUGCUAAAAGAUCUUAAAAUUUAUUCAAUACGUUCGAUCAAAUGUGCAGCACAUACGCUUCAACUGGCGGUGAAGGAUUUUUUUCAACGGCACGAAUAUGCUAGCUUCAUUAACAAAGCACGGAAGAUUGUGACGCUUUUAAGAACACCGGCAUAUAGGUAUUUAAUAACGGAGGAGUCAUUGCCACAACCAAUUUUAGAUGUCGCGACUCGGUGGAAUUCCACCUAUAGUAUGUUGAGUCAGCUUAAGAACUUUGAAGACUUUUGUGAAAGGCGCCUCAAGUGUUUAAUGAAGCUAACAACGACUGAGUGGGAUGACCUAAAAAGACUCGUUACUACCCUGGAACCGGCAUACACAGCUACUAUCAAGCUACAAAGCGUCGAAUUAUUUAUGGGUGACUUUUACAAACUGAGUGCAUCGCUGAAAGGGAAGUUGGCCUCUUAGGGACUGACUCGGUAAUUUGCAGCAUAUACUUGGAUCCACGUAUAAGACGGGUAUUGCUGCAAAACCCUAUAAAUGUUAUGCUAGCUAAAAGCAAGCUUAAGCGGAUUUUUCUGCAAAUAUUUAAUUUGAAAGAACCUAUCAUUGCAACAGAAGUGCCUCGCCGAUAAGUCACUGGAACAACUGCUUUUUGUCAAAUUAAAC